AUGCCGGUGUUUGAGAGUUCAUCCGACUUUACCGUUCGAUCGGGAACAUCUUUGGAUGAGGUCAAGGAUCUUUGGUGGAGCCGGAUGAGAGAUUUAGGAUGGAAUCGAGAUGAAUUGGAUGCUAAAACGCACUUUACGGUUGCAAAAAAUGGCGAAGACUGGCUCAUUGUGGUCCCGAAGGACAAAAAGGAGCCUUCUGGGAUGGUGAUCGGUUUCAAAUAUCCCAACCAAACCGGAUGGAUUGGCUUCUUCAUAAUUAAUAAGGAGUAUCAAGGCAGAGGAUGGGGAGGCAUUUUAUUCAGAGUAAUGCUUGAUUCGUACAAGCAGAGUGGCAUUCACACCGUCGGCUUGGACGCGGUAAAAGCGCAAGUCGAAACAUAUGGGAGACGGGGGUUUGUUGAGGCAACGAGGCUCAAGCUUAUGACACGCGUAUCAGCAACUGAAUUACCAGUCAACUACGGAGACAAAGAACCCAAUGACGGCUAUACGGUAACUGAUAUAAAGGAAGUUGAUGAGAGCAGCCUUGCAGCUCUUGACCAUAUGCAUACUGGCCUCCAGCGACCGGCACUUUGGACAAAAGACGCUUUAUUCUCUCGCCCAGAUGCUUUCGGUUUUGCUGUUUCAGACAGCUCGAAGAAGCUGCAGGGAUUUAUUCUUGUUCGCCGUUGCGAACAUGGACACCGAUUUGGGCCUUUGAUAGCAGAUUGUAUCGAUCACGCGUCUCUCUUACUUCAGCUCGCUAUGACACAUCCGAGCGUGUCGACAUCCACUGGAAGCCUAAUCGCGGAGGUAUUUGGUGCGAACGAAAACGGCAUGAGAGUCUUCUCAGAAUUAGGCUGGGAGUGGGCAGGGUUGGACUACCAUAGGAUGUGGCUCAAUGGCCGAGUGCCUGCUGAGCAGCAAGAAGGUGGACAGGGACCAAGAGGAAUGUUUGCUGUCUUUGAUGCGUCUGAAGGCUGA